UCUCAAAACUAUCAGGAUCAGCAGGUGUCAGCUGUCCAGAAGGGGAAAAGCGGCAGGCUUGGCCAACUGAGGCUGGGCUGGACCCCUGCUGUGGAAUCGCCCACACUUGCUACUGUUGUGGAACGCAGUCGGUCCACACCAUCUUGUGUCGCUACCGCCAUGGGCUUGGAGCUCUACCUGGACCUGCUGUCGCAGCCAAGCCGCGCAGUCUACAUCUUUGCCAAGAAGAAUGGCAUCCCCUUCCAGAUGCGUACCGUGGAUAUACUCAAAGGGCAGCACUUGAGCGAGCAAUUCUCCCAGGUGAACUGCUUAAAGAAAGUUCCUGUUCUCAAAGACGGAAGCUUCGUGUUGACUGAAAGCACAGCCAUCUUGAUUUACCUGAGCUCCAAGUACCAGGUGGCAGACCACUGGUACCCGGCCGACCUACAGGCCCGUGCCCAAGUCCACGAAUACCUGGGCUGGCAUGCCGACAACAUCCGUGGCACCUUUGGAGUGCUCCUGUGGACCAAGGUGUUGGGGCCGCUCAUUGGGGUCCAGGUUCCCGAGGAGAAGGUGGAACGGAACAGAAAUAGUAUGGCCCUGGCUCUGCAACGUCUGGAGGACAAGUUCCUCAGGGACAGGGCCUUCCUUACUGGCCAGCAGGUGACGCUAGCGGAUCUCAUGUUUCUGGAGGAGUUGAUGCAGCCGGUGGCUCUUGGCUAUAAUCUGUUUGAGGGACGGCCUCAACUGACGGCAUGGCGAGAGAGAGUGGAGGCAUUCUUGGGUGCUGAGCUGUGUCAGGAGGCUCAUAGCCUCAUCCUGAGCAUCCUGGGACGGGCAGCCAAGAAAACGUUACCAGUACCUCCUCCGGAGGCCCAUGCUAGUAUGCACCUUCGAAUUGCUAGGAUUCCCUGAGUGGUCUGACCAGCAAUAAAGACUCAUUUUGUAUUUC